CGGGGAGCCACGGGGCCCUCAGGUCUGACGCACGCACGGCGUCAGGGCGCGGGCUCUCUGGGCGCCUGCGCGCUCUGCCCUCGGAUUGGCCGCGCGUGCAGUGACGUCAAGUCUUUCCCCAAGGCCCACGUGCCGCCAGAGGCUCUGGAGGAGCCACAGGUGCUAGGGACCCACCACAAGGUGACCCCGGGCAAGCUCUCAGCACUUCAGCCCAGGCCAACUGCAGCGUGUGCGCCUCUGACUAGGGCCUAUUUAGAAAGGGUGACAAGAACCUUGGCUUCAUGUGGCUACCCUGCUCCCUACCCCUCCAGGCUCAGUGUUGUGACCCCGUGCCAUCUUUCUCCUCUCACUUCUGGGCUCAGGAGUCAGUUGGAAAUUGCACAUCAGUGUGCUCUGGCCUUGCAGCGCCUGUUCUCAUCUGCGGCCUCUUGCUCAAGGAACACUAGGAGACAGCAAGUGGUGGUGUACGCCAAAGUAAAGAGAAAAAUGUCUUCAGACAACCAGUGGUCAGCAGAUGAGGAUGAAGGCCAGUUAUCCCGACUGAUCAGGAAAUCUAGAGACUCCCCCUUUGUCCCUGUAGGUAUAGCAGGUUUUGUGACUGUGGUGUCCUAUGGUCUUUACAAGUUGAAGUACAGAAGAGACCAGAAAAUGUCCAUUCAUUUUAUUCACCUGAGAGUUGCUGCCCAAGGAUUUGUUGUAGGAGCUGUGACUCUGGGUGUUCUCUAUUCUAUGUAUAAGGAUUACAUUCGACCUCGAUUCUUCAAUGUCUCCAAAAAAUAAAUCUACAUACUGGAAGCAAGAAAGACAGAGACAUCUGAAAACUAUUUUACGAAGAAUGAAUUUUCAAUAUGUAGCAAAUUUGACUGCAGAAGUAUCACAGAAUUCUCAGAGCCUUUUUAUAUUAAGUCUCAGUGUUUUAAGAAGUUGAUUUCCAAAUCAACAAUCAUAAAUACUUAGAAAUUCCUUGGAUGUCUUUUAGAACAUAGGACAUGAUUUUCUGAAUUAAAUUUUUUUUAUUUUCUAGUUAGUGUCAGAAAAUAAUCUAUAUCAUGCCAAACUAAUCUGAAAAUUAGUAGUUAUAUAGUGGUUACAGAAAACUUUUCUACAUCCAUGUUAAAUGUGACACUCUAUUCAUCACUUAAUUCUCCCUUACUAGGGCAAAGUAAUUAAGGUUUCAUAAACUCUUUUGUAGAAUGGGUAAUAAUUACAUCAGAGAAUGGCUAUAUUGCAAUAUAAAGUUGGGUCACCACUGUUCACCUCAUUCUUAUAUAGAAUCUUGAGUAUUUUACCACAAACACAAUGUGUAACAUUUAUAUAUUUGUGUACUCAUUUUAUACUUGUGUACUCAUUUU